GCGCGUCCGCCUCUUCCUUCUUUCCGACGCUCGAGUGAAACGAGACAAGAUGGGCCACCAGCAGCUCUACUGGAGUCACCCUAGAAAAUUCGGACAGGGAUCCCGUUCCUGCCGAGUGUGCUCAAACAGACACGGCUUGAUCCGUAAAUACGGACUCAACAUGUGCCGCCAGUGCUUCAGGCAGUACGCCAAAGACAUCGGCUUUGUUAAGCUGGAUUAAAAAUCUUGCGCUGACAUCUUCAGAUGGUGUUGAGGGAUCAUGAGGCUGGCCAAGAUGGAAAACAUUCAACAUUGCUAAUAAAUGUGUUCUUUUUUGUCCAACUA